AUGGGUCGACGGAAGAUCGAGAUCGCGAUGUUGAAAGACAGUAGCACGAGGCAAGUGACUUUCUCGAAGCGAAGAACCGGGCUUUUCAAGAAGGCGAGCGAGCUCGCGGUCCUGUGUGCCGUCCAGAUCGUGAUUGUGGUGUUUUCCCCCGGAGGCAAACCCUUUUCGUUCGGGCACCCAAACGUCGAAUCCAUCGUCCAUCGGUUUCAAAAUCGGGAAAAGACUCCGGACGAGCGCACGAGCAAAGAUGCCGAAUCUCGCGACGAGAGCACGACCGACGAUAGCCUGAACCAGCGACUCCUCGAUCUACUCAAGCGGUUGAACGCCGAGGAGAAGCGAGGAGAGAUGCUGGAGAAGAUGGUGAAAGCGAAACGAGCUGCCAAGGGCCAACCUCCGGUCGAUCAACUCGGAUUGCCUGAACUCGGGGAGCUAAGGAGCUCAUUAGAAGACCUUCGCCGGAAACUCAAAGAUCGGAUGAACGACAUGGAGGCGACGUUCUCGUUGUUACUUCUCGCAGAACACCGGCCGAUGACGUAA